UGUUGUUGUCCAACAUCUAGCGUAGGGCGGAGCCUGUCCUAAUACCUAUUCUGCUGCACUAUGUACAUUCUUUCACAGGAGACAUGUAGAGAAAGUAUAAGUGUUUAACGUUUCCUCACAGCGGCAUUCAUGAAUGAACGGAAAUCCUUUGAUAAAACAAAUAGGACAGCAAAGAGGGCGUAUCAGCUAGAACAACAGAACGAACAACAGUACUUCUUUUAACACUAUACCCUGUAUGUUUCGGGACAUGACGGAACUGUGACAAGUGACAAUGACAUUGUGCUAGGACACUGGCGAGCCUCGUACAGCACGUUGUAUAACGGGACUGACGGUUCGACAGGCAGCACUAUAACAGUGUGUGUGUGGACGCGUGUGUAACGGUACAGUGGGGGCACAUGCAGGUUCAAGUGUAAAAACGCUCCGGUGAGUCUGAGGGCGUCGGAACAGCCUGUGUUGCGGACCAAGAAGGGCAAGCCUGCCUGUGUAGAUGGUAUACCAGUAGAAGCUUUACAGAAAAGUCAUUGCAUAAAGUUACUUCAUCGAAUAAUAUCUCAUGUUGAGGUAUUCUCAGUACUGGAUACAAUGGAAAGGGCAAAUGAUACUGAAGUUAUUGAACUCAUUAAACUCGUCGUAGACAAUCAGAAACGCAUAGCGACUUCGAUGAACGCCCUUAUGGAGAAAAUGUCUACAAUGGCGAGAGACGUGACGCCAAAUGAACCACGGCGAGCCCAAAUAAGCCCCAAGGAAGACAGCCCACAUAACUCACGUCAGCUGCAGGAGUUGAGGGCCCAGCUUGAUGGAUUAGAACAGAGGGUUGCCGUAUUAGAAAACAGUCGCACAUAUUCUACAGGGGACAAGACAUCACAUAGUCGAGACACGGACGCAAGGCAUCACCUUGAGGGAACCCUUCCUGAAGACUUGUCAGAAGCUCUGUCGACUUGGUGCAGUCUAGAUUCCAUUGAGAGCAUCAGGACAUCUGCCGAGGAGGGGAGACUUGAAGAUCCCCUGGACCAGCAUAAAGGUUCUCAUUUCAAGGCUGUCACUCUGGCCAUAGUGUUUGCUAUCCGUCUGGCUGCCUCGGAUACCCCUCCGGUUAAUGGGGAGGAAAGAGACACACCUCCGAUCGAGGAGAAGACAGGUGGUGAUCAUUUAAAAGCAACAGCUCUGGCCAUCGUGUUCAUGAUCAAGCUGAUGAAAGCCCAGGAACUGCCUCUUGUGCUGGACAGUCAAGGGGAAAUAACUCCAGGCUCACACGAUCACAGUCGACCAGUGAGAUAUCCGAGCACUGCAGUCAUGCCCUGAAACGGGGAAGUUAUGAAUCUGUGUGUGUGUGUGUGUGUGUGUGUGUGUGUGUGUGUGUGUGUGUGUGU